AUGGACUCUCCUCGCGAAUCUGGCCUCGAGAGUGGCAAGAGCAUCAAUGCCCCGCCCGUCGGUUUCCGACCCCAGAACGGUGGCUUGAUUAAAGUGCAGCCGCCUCGACGCGAGGACUUGCAACCAUCCUAUGCGCAGACGCUCCAAGGCGACGAGGAGCAGAAUCAUGGCUGGUACGGGUCUAUGAUCAAUACACUGGGCAGCUGCGUCGGCUUCCUGGGUGCCAUUCCUUGCUGUAUCAUCUGCCCCAACCCCUACAAGCCGGUCUCCCAAGGAAACGUCGGUCUCGUGACCAAGUUCGGUCGCUUUUCGCGUGCUGUCGAUCCUGGCCUGGUCAAGGUCAACCCGCUCUCCGAGCGACUCAUUCAGGUCGAUGUCAAGAUCCAGAUCGUGGAGGUUCCGCGUCAAGUUUGCAUGACCAAAGACAAUGUCACUCUGAACCUGACGUCUGUCAUCUACUAUCACAUCACAUCGCCCCACAAGGCGGCUUUCGGUAUUUCAAAUAUCCGUCAGGCUUUGGUUGAGCGCACGCAGACCACGCUCCGCCACGUUGUUGGCGCUCGUGUCCUUCAAGACGUGAUUGAGCGUCGUGAAGAGAUCGCGCAGUCGAUCGGAGAGAUCAUCGAAGAGGUCGCCGCAGGUUGGGGUGUUCAGGUCGAGUCCAUGCUCAUCAAAGACAUCAUUUUCAGCAACGAUCUCCAAGACUCGCUCUCGAUGGCUGCCCAAUCCAAGAGAAUUGGUGAAUCCAAGGUCAUUGCUGCACGCGCCGAGGUUGAGUCGGCCAAACUCAUGAGACAAGCUGCCGAUAUCUUAAGCUCGGCUCCUGCCAUGCAAAUCAGGUACCUCGAAGCCAUGCAAGCCAUGGCCAAGACGGCGAACAGCAAAGUCAUCUUCUUGCCUGCUGCUAACCAGACCAUGCCGACUGAUAUGAGUGCAACAUUCUCAAGUCAGAACAACGGAGGCGAAGCUAGUGGCUACAACUCGAAGCAAAACACCGGCAAUGCUUUCAACAUGGAUAGUGGCGAUGGCUUCCAACAGGCCAUGAAUGCCCGAGUCAUCGAGAAUAUCUGA